CUACAAUUCUUUUCCGUCCUCAUUGCGCGUACUGCGUGGUAUGAAUUCAUACAGUUUCAGUCAGUAACCGGCGAGAAUUUCAAUACUGAUGGGAAUCUCGAGAACUUCUGUGCCUUGUUCAAGGAUGGAACGCUACUUUGCAGGCUAGCAAAUAGUCUACAACCGGGUGCUGUCAAGAAGAUCAAUUCAUCAGCCAUGGCUUUCAAACAGAUGGAGAACAUAGCCUUCUUUUUGUCCUUUGCUGAAAAACACGUCGCGAAAUCGGAACUGUUUCAGACUGUUGACCUUUAUGAAGCACAAGAUCCAAAUGCAGUAUUGAUUUGUCUAUCUUCUCUUGCUCGAAAAAGCGAGAAGUUGUUUGGAAAGGCUGGUCUAGGCCCCAAGGAAGCAGAAGGAGAGAAGAGGGCUUGGACGGAAGAACAGCUAAAGGCAGGACAAAAUGUCAUCGGAUUGCAGAUGGGCAGCAACAAAGGUGCGACGGCUAGUGGCAUCAACUUUGGCAACACUCGGCACAUGUGA